CCGGAAGCGAUUAUGAAACAAUCAUAAUGGGCCUUAAUAUAAUAUGUAAGCCCAUUAAAAAGCACACUGUGUAUAAUAAAAAGGAAGGAAGCGCGAUUUGAAAGUGAAACAGAAAGGGGGGCGAAGAGAUGGAGAGCGGAUUGAUAUCGGUGGACCGGUGGAAGAGUGGGAGUCAAGCCUACUUCUUGACUCAUAUGCACUCCGAUCACACUCGCGGCCUCUCCCCUCUCUGGUCCCACGCUCCUCUCUUCUGCUCCCGCACCACCGCCUCUCUCUUCCCCUCCCGAUUCCCAGGCUUCGACCUCUCCCUGCUCCGCGUCGUCUCCCUCUCUUCUUCCUGGCAAUCUCUCUCCCUCCGCUCUCCUUCCUCCGGCUCCCCCGUUCUCCUCCAUUUCCUGGCCAUCGACGCCCACCACUGCCCCGGAUCGGUGAUGUUCAUGUUCCGUGGAGACUUUGGAUGUUUUCUCUACACAGGAGACUUCCGUUGGGAAUGUGAUGAUGAUGAGGAAGCAAGGACCACUCUCGUCUCUGCUAUCAACGAUUUCCCCGUCGACAUUCUCUAUUUGGAUAACACCUACUGCAAUCCCAUUUACACUUUCCCUUCCCGUCGUGUCGCUGCCAAUCUCAUUGCUGACUUAAUCCUCUCUCAUCCUUCUCAUGAUAUCCUCAUUGCAAUUGACUCUCUCGGCAAGGAACAUCUUCUCCUUCAUAUCUCCCGUCUUCUCAACAUCAAGAUUUGGGUUUGGCCAGAGCGACUCCGUACCAUGCAUCUCCUUGGCUUCCAGGACACUUUCACCACCGAUACAUCUCUUACAAGAGUGCGCGCUGUCCCUCGUCACAGUUUCAGCAUUCAGACACUCGAGGGGCUCAAUCUCAUGUGCCCAACCAUCGGCAUCAUGCCUUCGGGUCUCCCUUGGCUCAAAACACCUUUCAAAGGAGAUGCCACUUCUCUUCUUACCUCAACUGCUGCUCAACAGAGAGAAUUACUACUGCUACAAGGGGCGGUGCAUUUGUUCCAUGACAACAUGUAUUCCGUGCACUACUCUGAUCACUCUUGCUACGAGGAGAUUGGAGAGUUUAUAAAACUUGUCAACCCAAAGAGCAUGAAGGGAAUUGUGGUUUCAUCCUCAUGCUAUGUUGAGCCUCUCUACUAUUUUGGGCGCAUCUGCGGUGUUAGCCAACCGCCAGAGUUGCUGCUUUUGAGGCCUGACACCACCACCAGCAGAGAGCAAUUUCGAGCUGUUAGGAUCAAGUCUUAUUCUGCAAAGGACGAAACAACAGUUUCCAAGAAAGAAAAAUGGAGGAAGGGAGAUGGUCAUUCGAGUUUGAAGAGAAACAAGAAGAGGAGAGCACGUAUAUGCGCCAAAAUUGCAGAGGUUGAUUAGCGUUACUUUGGCUCUGGGCAGUUUUUUCUUUCACGUAUGCUGCUGCUUAUUUUACCCAAAGCUUACUUACAAUAUGUGAAUGGUCUAAUACACUGAUGAAAGAAUAUGGAUAAAUAAAUGGCAGGCACGUUUGAUCAAACCA